AAUAAUAGAGUUUUGAGCCUGAGUCAGAUAGUUCUUCUUUCUGUUGUUACUUUGACAGUUUGUAAACUUCAAGCAAAAUAUCAUUUUGCUUUUUAUCUCGGUGUACUCGAGUUUUGUAUUAUUUACAAAAAUGCAAGGCGAUCUCAUUAAUUUUAAGUCUUUUAUAGUUAUCUGUGUAUUAGUAAGUUUAAUUUCGCCUUUACACGCAAUAAUAUUUCCGUACGUGUACCCGCGCUUGAAGUUGGAGGCAAAGACGUCGGGAGAUGCGGGAGAUCCCUUGAUCCUGACUCCGUACCUCAAGAAAGGCUCCAUAGCAGAGGCCCAGAAACUAUCGCGCGUCUCUCUCACAGACAGAGUAGGAUUUCCAAGUCACGCGGGGUUUUUCACCGUCGAAGAGAAGUACAAUUCGAAUCUCUACUUUUGGUAUUUCCCGCCAAUUUCUAAAAAUGCCGAUGCACCCGUAGUCCUCUGGUUACAAGGCGGACCUGGUGGUAGCUCUCUGUUUGGCUUGUUUACAGAGUUGGGACCUCUUAUAGCGAAAAAAGACGGUUUCGCACUUAGAAAGUAUCACUGGGCUUUGAAGAACCACUUGAUAUUCAUCGACAAUCCCGUUGGUACGGGAUUCAGUUACACCAACGACGAUAAAGGGUACUGUUCCGAUGAAAAAUGCGUCGCCAAGGGACUUUAUAAUGCCAUGCAGCAAUUUUUCACUCUAUUUCCUGACUUAAGGAACAAUACCUUCUGUAUAACUGGGGAAUCAUAUGCAGGGAAAUAUAUUCCAGCGUUAGCAAUGGAGAUUCAUAAUCAAAAUGACAAUGGUGACGAUGAAUUGAUCAACUUGAAGUGUCUUGCAAUGGGCAACGCUUACUGUGAUCCGGUUCACCAAAUAGACUAUGGAAAUUACCUCUACCAACAUGGAUUGAUUGAUAAUAAUCAGCUGGAAGUAUUUGAGAAGUAUCAAACGGAUAUUGCCGCUGAAAUCCAAAACGAAAACUGGGAAAAGGCAGACAUACUGAUGGACAAACUAAUGGAUGGAGAAUUGACUAACUUCUCUUACUUCAAAUCUUAUACAGGGUUCACCGACUACUACAAUUUCCUAAAAACAGACAAUGAUGACGACAUGUCUAUUUUCACAGAUUUACUACAAAACGAUAAGUUAAGACAUAGUAUCCAUGUAGGGGGACUGCCCUUCAACUCGGGGGAAGAAGUACAAAUACACUUGGCAUUUGACAUACUUAAAUCGGUAGCACCAGACAUAUCCGAGUUACUUUCACACUACCGCAUACUGUUUUACAAUGGGCAGCUAGACAUUAUUGUUGCAUAUCCGUUAACAGAAAAUUUCUUACGUAACCUAAACUUUUCUUCGGCUGAAGAGUACAAAAAAGCCACUAGAAAUGUGUGGAAAGUAGGAGAUGAUAUAGCUGGUUAUUGGAAGAAAGCUGGCAAUCUGACAGAAGUCUUGGUACGAAAUGCCGGACACAUGGUGCCCCAUGAUCAACCGAAAUGGGCCCUCAACCUCAUAACUCGCUUCAUCCAAGGCAAAUUUUGACAAUUUUACAUGGGUUUUGGUAAAGUUACAUAAAAUAUUAUAAUUUUAUGAUGAAAUGUUUUUUUUAUAAUAAAAAUAUUAUUUUUAGUUUA